CGCCAAAUUCGUAUAGUGCGGAAGGCGCAACAACAAAACAGCAGCGGCACUGUUGUUUAACGUUUUGUCGUUGAUUUUAAUCUGGUUUUUUUAUUAAACGUCACCUCGCCAGUAUGUCUCAGCAGGCUGGAUAUUCGCCCAGCUUCAAGCGACCGGCUGAAAUCAUGCGAAUGAGGAGAAAAAGAGCCCGAAGCGACGCCGGUCCGAGCGGCCAAAGUUCCACUGACAGUCCGGGACAAAGCGGCUCGUCUCCGGCGUGCGUUCGGCCGUUCUCCCCGGGACCGCUUUUCAACACUCAGAACCGUUCCGGAGGUGGAAUAAAACGUAGAAACCCUUUCGCAAACAUUGAAAAUACUUUCAGCCCCAAAAAGAAACUCCACAUUUAUAACGAAGAGGAACACGCUGUGGACAGUUAUAAGAAACCGACAGAAAAGGAGGGAGAUGAAGAAACAUCGACGAGGAAAGAGAGUCUGUCUUUUACUACGAUGCUGACUGAGGCAGAGAAACGAGAAGAUAUUUCCAGCAAGAACAAUUUCUCUGAGGAUGAUUCUCUGUUCGAAGAACAGGAGGAAGAUAUUAAAACCCCACUGCUGAAGAGCCCUCAGGCCAUCGCUCCUGCCUCCAUCGCUGUUCCAGUGUGCACAGAGUAUCCAGCAGACUGGAGCCUGAAGACUCGCCUCCUUUUCACCUCCCCCCUCACCCUCUCAUGGGCAGAGCAGCCCAAAGCCCAGGAGGAAGCUCUGGGGCUCAGCCAGCACUGCAGAGCUCAGUUUAGCAGCCUGCCACACAGUGUGCAGGAUCCCAAGUCCUGCUCGGAGCUCCGCUGUGCCUUCCAGCAGAGUCUGGUGUACUGGCAGCAUCCCUCCCUGCCCUGGCUCUCCAUGUUUCCCAGGAUCAAUGCUGAGAGGAGCUUUACUGGGAAGAGCACACCGUGGGCUCAAGAUGCAACACUACAGCAGAGCCUGAUGAGGGAAUGGUCAGUCAGUCUGUCAUCUCUCUACAGUCUAUUGAAGUCCAGACUCUGUCCAUAUUUUUACCUUUGCUCCUACCAGUUUACAGUAUUGUUCAGGGCAGCCGGUCUCGGGGGUUCUGCCAGCAUCACUGCUUUGAUUUCUCCAACAACUCGAGGUUUCAGAGAGGCGAUGAAGGCUGAAGGAAUAGAGUUCAGUCUCCCUCUAGUGGAGGAGAGGAAGAAGAGCAGGGAGCAGCAGGAGGAAGAGAAGGAGCCCAAGGAGAAAGAGGAGAUGUGCAGUGAUCUGACUGAGGAUGCCGACUGUCAGACGCAUGAUGAUGAUGAUGAUGAUGAAGAUGGCAGCUUCUCCUGGCUGAAGGAGAUGGGAGUCCAGGAUAAAAUCAAGAAGCCAGAUGGCAUAACUAUCCAACUUCGUAAGGAGGGUCAUGCUGUGUCUCUGGACCAUAAACCAGAGUCUGUGGUGUGUGUGGAAGGAUCUCACACCUUCACCCUCAUCAACUUCCUCAUCAACUGUAAGAGCAUUGUGGCUGCAGCCGGUUCUCAGGCGGGUUUACCUCCAACGCUGCUGGCUCCUGUCGCUUUCAGAGGAGCUACGAUGUGCACGUUGAAGGGCCGCAGUGUGAACGGGAAGACCCAGGUUGGUUCUACCUACCAGAACAUCAGCAGUCUGGAGAUCACGGGACCUAUCCUCCCCUCCUCCCUUCACACCAUCACAACCCUCCUUAGACCUGCACAGAAAGGAAACUUCUCAGCUGCUCUCUACUCGCACACACCUACAGCUGUCAUGAACAUACAGACCAACGAGCAACAGGUUACUGGUGGGUCAGUGGACCUGUCUGGUUGUGGGCUCCAUCCUUCUUCCAUCCAGCAGCUGCAGCAGCCGUCCGGCCUGGGCAAGACUGCUCUGACACACAUCAGCAUGAAGAACUACAGCUACACCUGGAAGAACUGAUGUUCCUCAAACGGACAGUAACCUCAGAGUAGGAACGUGUGUGACAGCAGCUUUUGUUUUGUUGGUUUUAACAGCUGCACUGCGACUGAGCGUUUCAGCCAGAUUGCUCUUAGUCAUGUUAGGAGCUGAGUGUUUAUCUUAAAAUACCUUUUAAACAGAUUUUAUUGCCUUGCACUGUAAUUUUAAAACUUUAUUUUAAAUCUUUGUUUCCAAAAUGAGUUUAAUCAAAGUUAAUUUCAGGUUGCAUAGCUUGACGUUGUGUCCAGAACUUCAUGAAAUAAACACAUUUUCUGUGGAAUUUA